AUGGCGCCCGAAAAGUCAUCAUUCGAUGAACUUGUCGAGUGUCUGGUGGAUCUUGGCAAUAAGGCCUAUGAUCCUACCGUAACAGCAACUUCGAAAGAGGACGCCAAGCUGCAGCUCAACAAUUUCAUCGAAAAUUCAAGCACUGUUGCUAUUGUCCCAGCUCUGAAUACUUUGGUGCGCCCGGGCCGAGUCCCGGAAUGGCUCCGUCUAGAGUUCAUGCGUUUACUGGCCGCAGUGCCUUUAAGGAGAUAUGGAGUUCGGGCCACCCUUGAGUUUAUAUUUGCGGUGCAUCCGUUGAAUGAGAGCAGCUCAAUGGAGAAGAAGCCCGAUGGCGCAGCAAGGGGCCCUACAAAAAUAUCCCCCGAGGCCAUGGCUUUGGCAUCUCGGCUACUCUCUAUGCCUCCAUCCUCGAUCGACCCAGAGACUUGGUUUGCCGGCAUAGCUCCUCAGUUGCUAGACAUUCUCGAUGGUCGAGACGGGCUUGAUCUUACAAAAGUAGCUGCGUACGUCAUUGGAUUUGGCAUUCUUGGCCGAAGGCAAUUUGGUGCCCCAGGAACAUCCGGCUGGCGUAGCUUUGCCGAGCCUCUACACAAAACCAUCAAGCCCGGAGCCCACCAAGUAUCCUCCAUGCAGAAUUCCGCUACGGAAGGCGGCGUGGUAGACCUCAGCAAGCCUUCAGUGCUGGUUUCUCCAUCGGACCUGUCCAUAGCCUUACGACGCCUGCAACACUUAGUAGUGCAUCAUCCUAAUCCCGGCCUUUCGAGAAGACUGAUACAGCCUUUGUUACUACCCCUUUGGGCCAUUGUGUCUGGGGCGACCGACAGGGACAGGUACGAGGAGGACUACCGUCGUCCAGCCAAGAACCUCUUGACUAUCUACUUGAAUGUCGCCAGCUCGCUUGACCCUGUCACUUGCAUCAUCGACAAUCUUUUGUAUAGCGGAGAGCGCGACAAGGACCGGCUGCUAUGGAUUUACGAUAGCCAAGAGGAUGGCACGCUCCAGCUCGUAGUUCCCCGCCAGUUCGACGCCGGAUAUUUGGCAGUUGAAAAGAUAAACCUUGACCAGGCAGAGGGCAAGGCCCAGCAACUUGUCGACCUGAUUUCAUCAGCAUUUACUGACGAGGUCAUAUCCUCCAUUUUUCUGGAUGUUUUCAACAAGUGGGCGAAAUCAAACCCUGAUCCACAGCAGCCAACGAUUCUCGUCAAAGCUGAGGAGAAGAUCAACGACGAUCCACUUCAGGGUCUUCUUCGAGGCCAGGUAUUGCAGACGAUGAUGCUCAAGCUUCAGGACAAGCUUGCUAGUCAACCGGGACACAUAUUGAAGCUGGUAGAUGAUCUGCUAUCUGACAAAGCUAAACUUAGUCACGAUGAGGAAGUCCUCUCAGUCGCUUUGAGUCUGCUAAAUUUAAUUGUUACAACACCAAACUUCCAGCAGCAAAAGGUAGACCAGGAGCUGAUGGAAUCCAUCGAAAGCUCGUUGGAUCGAUUGAGCAAGAUGGCGGUUGGAGAAAGCUCAACAACGGCAGCCAAUAUAGCGCGAUACUUGAAGUAUCGUGCUGCAUUUGACGAACCCUCUGAGAUGCAGCCCAGCCAGACAGAUAGACAGAUUGAAGAGCGGAAGACAUACGCUCUUGCUGUAUCAUACAUUACGCAACAUGACUCGCCGGCUCCCGUCAGAGUCGAGGGGCUCAAUCUAAUCCACGGUCUCAUCUCGACAAACAGCACCAUUCUGGACAUACCCGCGGUUCUCGUGCUAAUGUCGUCACUGCUGGCGGAAAGUGAUGAUUACAUCAACCUACGGGUAAUCAAGAUCUACAUAGAGCUAGCCAACAGACAUCCAAAGUCUGUCACACGCGAACUCAUCGAUCGAUACGUAGACGCAAGCGAGAUGGCGGCCGUCGACACGCGUCUUCGUUUUGGAGAGGCACUCAUGCAAGUGGUUGAGCGACUUGGCGAGACGUUUGCUGGCGACGCGGCGCAACAGGUUUGCCACGCUCUACUGAUGUUGGCCGGUCGACGCGGCCGCCGGCCAAAGACAGAGGCAAAACAGGCUAGAGAAGAGAGACUUCGCAAGAUGAAAGCCGAAAGGGGCGAGCUGGAUGACGAACCUGACAAGCAAGAUACCGCGGAGCUGUCGGAAAGACAACGUGCAGACAAUGCCAUUCUCAACAGUAUCGUAGAAGGCUGGAGCAGCAAGAGGGGCGCCGAAGACGUUCGCAUUCGAGGCUCCGCGCUGUCCAUUUUGGCGAUUGGAAUCGAGACAAACAUAGCCGGGAUGGGCCCAGAUCUGGUGUCAUCGGCCGUUGAUUUGAGCAUGCAAGUUUUGGCGCUGGAGACGGAGGCUGAAAAGGGCAUACUUCGACGUUCAGCCGUCCUCAUCGUGCUCAGCUUUGUUAGAGCGCUAGACCACGCCAAAGAGCACAAGCGACAUCUAGGAUUUGGGCUCACGGAUGAAAGCCGUGCCGAUAUAACACGGAUUCUGGAGUAUGUGGCCAGCACCGACACUGAUGGCUUGGUCCAACAACAUGCCCGGGAUGUGGUAGAGAGCCUUGAGAAUUGGAGGUUGAGCUCGCUUCUUCCUACGGAUACGGGAUCGAGCCAUCCAAGUGACAACAGUAUCCGGCUGGCUGGACUUGAGAUUGGUUUGGGAAAUAUCCAGGUCAGCGGCAACCAAACAACCCAGCGAGCAGUUAUUGAAGAGAUUGAAUGA